UCUUUUGCUUGCUUUUGGUAUAUGCUAGCUUCCAAUUUCUGAAUUGUAUUUCCUAGCUUCCAAUUUUGUUUUGAAUCAUAUACUUUGAGUUAUGAUUUGUGACAAGAAUGUUGCAAACGCCGUUGGUGGAAAAACAGCUAGAGCCUGCGAUAGCUGUGUACGAAAACGUGCUCGAUGGUACUGUCCAGCCGAUGAUGCUUUCUUAUGCCAAGUUUGUGACUCUUCGGUUCACUCAGCAAAUCAAUUAGCACGUAGACAUGAAAGGGUUCGCCUAAAAACUGCAUCGUUCAAAUCUUCAGACGCAGCUGUACAGAAUUCUGUACCAUCAUGGCACCGAGGGUUCACUAGAAAAGCAAGAACACCACGACAUGGAAAGCCAGUGAAUUAUCAAACACCUAAAUCCAAAGAAGAACCGCUGCGGAACCCAUUUCCUAUUGUGCCAGAAGUCGGUGCAGAUGAGAUUUCACAUGAGGAAAAUGAAGAGCAGCUUCUUUAUAGGGUUCCCAUAUUCGAUCCCUUUGUUGCUGAGCUGUGCACGCCUACAACGCCAAAAGAAGCAGUAGCAGCAGUUAAUUCUAGUCCUAAUGCUAGUGAAACUAAGGUAUUGUUAGCUAACUGUGGUCAUGAUGUGGAUAAUUUACAUAGGUUUAUUCCUUCUGACAUGGAUCUUGCUGAGUUUGCUGCUGAUGUUGAAAGCUUAUUGGGUAGAGGGCUUGAGAAUGAGUGUUUUGGUAUGGAAGAGCUGGGGUUAAUGGAUUGUAAAGAGAAGGUUAUGAAGGAGGGUUGUUUAGGUAGUGGAAGAGUCAAGGUUGAGGAAGAAGCGGGUACUGAAUCUGUUACAGCUUGCCUGGUUGAUGAUUCGGAGAUUGAUAUGAUGAGGGAACCCUUUGAGUUGAGCUUUGACUAUGAUUCUCCUGCGACGUGUGAGGAGGAAGAUGAGAAGGCGACUGUGAUGAGGAAUAUUGAUGAUGGGGGAUAUGAAGCUGCGGAUAAAAAGAAUAAAAAGAAGAUACUGUUGAGGCUGGAUUACGAGGCAGUAAUUUCGGCAUGGGCUAGCCAAGGGUCUCCAUGGACCAACGGGGAUCGGCCAGAUUUUGAUCCUGAUGAAUGUUGGCCUGACUGCAUGGGUACUUGUAGUAUUGAUUUUCAUCACCCUUACGGGGAUUUUGGUGGAUCUGGGGGAAACCCUGCAAAAGCUGACGGAGGGAGAGAAGCAAGAGUGUCAAGAUACAGAGAAAAAAGACGAACGCGGCUGUUCUCAAAGAAAAUAAGAUAUGAGGUUCGGAAGUUGAAUGCAGAAAAGCGGCCCCGAAUGAAAGGGAGGUUCGUCAAGAGGGCAUCCUUUGCUUCGGGACCUGCUUUUCCUUUACUCAGCAAAUAACUGUCAACUACCCAGUUUCUUUUGUAGUCACUAAUAGACUGGAAUGUGUAUAGGAUCGCAUAAAUAAUUUGAUAUCUUUUUGUUAUUGCGACAAAAUAAAUUGAUAUCUUAAUUAACUGAAAAGCCUAUGUCAAUGUAUUUUACGUUCAAUUC